UUGACUCGCACAGUCCACGGCGCGACAGGUGUCCGGUCGCACGUACCGAUUUGUGAAUUCACAAACUAAGGCGCGCAAAUCACUUUUACUUUUUUUAAAUUGCGUCACGAAUUUCGUAAUCUGUGCUCGUUUUUUUUUUUUUAUAAUCAAAACAAUUCGCGCUUUUUUCGCGAGUGUGUGUUCAUAGAUAGACGUGUUCAUUUUGAAUUGUAUAAUGAGAAAGUGUUUAUGAAAUUUGUGAUUAAAAGAAAAUUAAAAUGGUGACGUUAGAAGAAGGUGGUUGCGUUAACAAGGCCUUUGAAGCUGUCGACGAUGGCUUCCAAACCAUCGACCUUCGGAACAACGGCCGAGACGAGAAAGGGAGUUCAAGAGGACAGACACAAGUGGAAGACUCAACGUCGCAAAGCAACGACAGGGACCACACCCUUCUCUGCGGUUGGGGAAGGUUUCGUCCGAACUGGCUCCAGAGGUUCCGUACAGCUAAAUGGGCUUUGUUCUGGCUAUGCUGGGCAGGAGCUAUACAAGGUAUGGUGGUGAACGGGUUUGUGAACGUGGUGAUCACCACUAUAGAGAAGAGAUUCGGCCUUCGAUCCAUGCAAACAGGAGUUAUCGCUGGAGGGUACGACAUGGCAUCGUUUGCAUGCCUGGCUCCAGUCACGUACCUCGGUGGAAGAAGCGGCUCCUCCAAACCUCGGUGGCUCGGAUGGGGCGUGCUCCUAAUGGGCACAGGAUCAUUACUCUUCGCACUGCCACACUUCCUCGUACCUCCUCAUCGAGUGGCCAAUGAAGAUGCUGAUGAUAUUUGCGUGCUUAAUAGAACUAUGGAUCGUUGCGAAGAAGACACACCGGCCGAAGGGGGUGCUUGGGCAGUCGCGAUAUUUGUGUUCGCCCAACUACUGCACGGAGCUGGCGCCACGCCCCUCUUCACGCUUGGAGUCACUUACAUAGACGAGAACGUGUCGAAGAAGAUGUCUUCUGUAUAUCUGGGCGUGUAUUACACGAUGGCAGUGGUGGGUCCAGCCAUGGGCUACGUGCUGGGUGGGCAGAUGCUGACCAUUUACACUGAUUUCUUGUCCACGGACGCCGGAUCGUUAGGAAUCACUCCUCAGAGCUCUGUCUGGAUUGGUGCUUGGUGGAUCGGGUUUAUUCUAUCAGCGUUGCUCUGUCUCAUAGUGGCGGUACCACUGUUGGCGUUCCCCCACGAAUUACCAGGUGCAUCAGAGAUCAGAGCAUCCAAAGUUUCCGAAGCGCACGAAGGAGCUGCAUCUAAGUCAGCCGCUUUCAGCGCUUUGCAUGAGCUGCCACAAGCCGCCGUGGCGCUGCUCAAGAACCCAACUUUCUUGUUCCUGAAUCUGGCAGGAGCAAGUGAGGGGAUGCUCAUAUCCGGUUUUGCUGCUUUCCUGCCGAAGCUAAUUGAGAAUCAGUUUGCGGUCUCGGCUUCCGAAGCUGCGUUGCUCUUAGGUCUGAUAACGGUCCCGGCGGGCGGCGGCGGCACGUUCCUGGGCGGCUGGCUGGUGAAGCGGCUCGAGCUGGCGUGCGCCGGCAUCAUCAAGCUGUGCAUCGGCGCGACCCUCGUGGCGGCCGCCUUCACCUUCUGCUUCGUGCUGUCCUGCGACGACUACCCCUUCGCGGGACUCACGGUGCCCUACAACAGCCCAGCCGUGCCAGGGUCGGACGGGCUGCUGGCGGACUGCAACUCGGGCUGCUCGUGCCCGCGCUGGCGCUACUCGCCCGUGUGCGGCGCGGACGGCGCGGUGUACUACUCGGCGUGCCACGCGGCGUGCACGGCGCGGCGCCUGCGCGGGCGGGGGGGCGCGGGGGGCGCCGUGCUGUACCGGGACUGCGCCUGCAUCCGCACCAACGCCACGCUGCCACUCUACUACGCGCCGGGCGGAGAGGGCGCCUCCGCCGAGAGCUACGAGGCCAUAAACAGCAUCUGCAGCACGGACUGCCCGUUCCUGUGGCUGUUCGUGGCGCUGUCGUUCUGCGUGAUGCUGUGCACGUUCCUGGCCACCAUGCCGGCGCUGUCCGCCACGCUGCGGUGCGUGCGCGAGGACCAGAGAUCGUUCGCUCUGGGCAUACAGUGGAUUAAGGUCCGCCUGCUGGGGACCAUCCCGGCCCCCCUGCUGUUCGGGUUCCUCAUAGACGCGUCGUGUGCCCUAUGGGCCGCGUCCUGCGGCGCCUCGGGGGCCUGCGUGCAGUACCGCAACGCCGACAUGAGCAAAUACAUGUUAGCUUUAGCGCUGGCGGGCAAGCUCUGUUCUCUUCUCUUCUUCUCGCUGGCGUGGUGGUUCUACCGGCCACCCGGCAGUGGGAGCAGCAACGCGGUCAUACCCUCGGUGGACCUGGUCGUCUGCGACAAGGUCAACGGGUCCGCCGCCGGUGCCCGUGGAAUCGUUCAGAACGGGACUCUGGACAAGACCAAUGGUUAUUGCAACGCCGCCCUGGAGUGCAGUGAUCAUUUGUGAACUGGGUUCAGUGUCCACACCAGCCCUGGCUGCGGGUCGGCCGCGGAGUGCCCUCGUGUGCUAGUCUGCGCUGGUUCGACCCUGGACACCACCAUCACGGCCCAUCUGAGCAUAGAGACUCACCGGUAACGAUAAUGAACCGUAACGACUAGUCUACAAGGUACCCUUUACAGAGUACCAAUGGGCACGGUACUGAGCGAGCUUGUCUGCUCAAGUUCAGUACGCACUAAUGAUAGGACAUUUCGUGAAUUAGCAAUUAAUCUAUCACAUAUUCGGGUUUGUAAUAUUAAAGUAUAUUUAAGACUAAUUAUAAAUAAUAAAACAGCUACCAAAAAAAAACUAGGUACAUAGUGAAUAUCUAAAGAAUGUACAAGUGACGAAAAGUCAAAAUUUGACGCGACUGACUCCGAUCUGCUUAUUUGUAACCGGCUUAAAAAAAGAGGAUUUUCGAAUUUGACUGGUUUUUUAUGUGUGUGUCACCGCAAAACUUAUCCUAGGUGAAUCAACAUUGAUUAUUCUUUUCUUCUUUCUUUUUUAAAAGCCUAGUGCUUCUCACAUGGUCCCAUUUAAGUUUUAUGAAGAUCCGACCAAUAAAUAGCCUAUGAGCUAUCCUUAAUAACACACAUUGAACUGUCUACGACUAAAUUGAUGAUAUUAAUUUUAUUUUUGUUUUAAUGAAAUUCUUUAUUUAUACUAUAGCAAUUUUCCAAGGUCUUUUUUAUUUUCUCUGUAUAAUUUCGAUUCAAUUAUAGGUAUAAUCAUAAUUGAAAGUAUAUUAAUAAACACACAGCCACUGGGCUGGGCACAGUAUGUAUACAGGGUUACAGGUUUAGUCGACCUAUUCCCGUUAAGAGCGUGUAGCUUACAUCGUUUCUGACUGAUUUGACUGUGAAACACCCUACCCUAAAUCUAACCGAUCUGGAGAUAUUUCAAUUUAAUUGUUUUUUAUAAAAAAUACCUGAUACCACGUAUUGAAUCAGAUUGAGUGGCAAAUCAUCUAAUAGGUCAUUUAGGUCUCCGGGUAGGGUGUUUCACAGUCAAAUCAGUCAGAAACGAUGUAAGCUACACGCUCUUAACGGGAAUAGGUCGACUUAACAUGUAACCCUGUAUAUAGGUCAUGAGGCAGGCAGCACAUAUUAUUUUAAUGAAGGCAAUUUCAACAACCGGCCAAUCUCGGCCAUAGACCAUACACUGAAUACAUAUUGUGCGUGUGUGUGUGUUUAAGUGUAUAGUCGGAACAACCUUUCUAAUAUUUUUAAACACGUAAUUCGAGUAAUUAAUGUGUCCUAGAAUGAUUUCGAAAUUGUGAAAUAAGCACUCAAACACAAAAUUAACAAAUAGCGCUGCUUGUUUCUGCGAAGGUCUCACGUGUUCCGGCUUGAAGGGGAAGAGACGUAGACCUCAUAUCUCAGAGGUGGCGUACAAUAUGUGAUGUCCACGGACUUCACUUAAUUAAUCUACAGAUUGUUAGCAAAUAAGAGUGGAUAAAGCACACGGAACGCUACUGAUGUGAUCUCUAUGGAUUCUGAAGUUGAAUGCUCAUCGUUGAUAACAGUUGACAGUCGAGCGCUGCUGUCCCGGGGCUCGGCCUGUGACGUCACACACAUUGUUUUUAAUGAAAGAUUCGUUGUCCAACCUGGUUUGUACAGAAUGUGAAUUUUCGUAUUAACUGUAAGUAAUGUAGCUGCGGUUACUAUUCGCAUAAUAUUUGUUUAGAGAUUAUUAAGUAUCCCCCUAUAACGCGGUACCCUUAUAGCGCGUUUUCAUAUUACGCGAUUUCAAUCCCGCGUAUAACACGGGUAUUUCGCCAACAUAACGCGGGGUUUUCCGAAAUACAUAUUUGUGUACUGUGAAAUUUAUAAUAAUUUGUGCAGUUCAUUAUUAGCUUCGCGUACCUUUGCACGUGUGUCAAUUGUGUUAUUACAAAUUAAAUUAUUUUAUUAAAUUUGCGAAUUCAAAGGUGUAUCUAGGUAAAAUUUUAUCUUUAUAAAUAUUAUCAUCUAUAUAUAUAAAAAUGAAUUGCUGUUCGUUAGUCUCGCUAAAACACGAGAACGGCUGGACCGAUUUGGUUAAUUUAUAUCUUGAAUGAUUUGUGGAAGUCCAGGGAAGGUUUAAAAGGUAAAUAAAUAUGAAAAUGCUCGGAAUUAAAUAAAAAUAUGAUGUGCCCCCCCGUCGGAUGGAUUCCUUUUGUUUGUUUUAAGUUUAUUUUAUACAAAAGUGUAUGUAUUUUAUUUAUCGAUUGAGGCACUACGAAGUCUGCCGGGUCAGCUAGUUUAAAAUAAAAAAAAUAAACCAUUAUACAAGGCGUUCCUAUAUAAAUAAACCGUUCUACAAGGUCGUAAAAACGCGUUAUAUGGGAAUACUUAUAUAACGCGGAACCAAUCUACCGCGUUAUACGGAAGAUUACUGUAUUAUAGUACCUACACGUCGUAUUGUGUUAGAUAAUAGUUAUGUCAAGUACAAUAAUUGUUAAGGCACGAUUUUUCGAAAUGUUUUGAAACACAUUCCUUGUAAGUAUUUUGCUAAACAUAGCAAUUCCUAAACAUCACUUUUACAUUUGUAAAUAGUUAGGUAACUAAACUAUAAUAACUAAGUAAUUUAUUUAUUCGUAGAUUUUUUUAUGAACUUGUACUGUAGUUACUGUAUUGUAUUAAUUUUUUUUGUAAAAUUUUGGUUGAAGACUGAUUGUUUAGUGAUAGGUAUUGAAAUAAAUGUAUUGAAUGGCA